AUGGCCAACCUGCCGUCCCUGGGCCUGGCUGCUCUCGUCCUUCUGGUUAUGGUGCUUCAAGCAACGGAGGCAGGGCCCUACGGUGCCAACGUGGAGGACAGCAUUUGCUGCAGAGACUACAUGCGUCGCCCUCUGCCCCUUCGGGUGGUGAAGGAUGUCUACUGGACCUCAGGCUCGUGCCAGAGGCCUGGCGUGGUCUUGGUGACCUUCAAGAAACUGGAGGUCUGUGCUGACCCCAAACAUCUCUGGGUGAAGAGGAUUCUCCAGAAGCUGGACAAAUGA